AUGGAAUUCACCUUAACUGCAACAAUGUUUAGUUUCUUUGGUUGGAAUGUUUAUCUAUUAAUAAAAAAAUAUAGAGAAAGAUAGAGAUAAAAUUACUUGUAGAACUUAAUUGAUUAAGAAUCUGAAUAUCUCAUUAUGAAUGUGGCUCCAUAUAAAAAAAUAAAAGUGAACGAAGACAAAAAAGCAAUAAUAAAACCAAUUUAUACAGAGGAUGCAGAUUCAAGUUCAGAUGAUUUUGAUAUAAAUUCAUAUAGAAGAAGGAAAACAAUAUUAGAGAUAGUAAAGUAAGAAAAUUUUCUAGAGAAAACUUAUAUUGAAAAUACAAAAUAAUUUGAUAUGUUACCUGUUCUUAGUAAAAAGGAUGGAAAAUUAAAUGAAAGUAACAAGGAUUUCUCUUUUACAAAAUAGAACCAAGAAGCAAAAAGAUUUAGAAAAAACUCAAAGAUCAAUAGUGAUGAUUCUUUCCCUCUGGAUAGCCCGAAAUAAAUUCUCCAAAAUUCUAGCAACAAGGUUUCUGACAAAAAAUUAACAUAGUUUGAAUCUUCAAACUUAAAAGAAGUCCCAGAAAUCUAAGAUUUUAAGAAAGAAUCUGAUAAUUGCAUCACAAGUGUUAUUACUCAAGCUGAAUAGAUAUAAGAGGCUUAAGGCUUAGCAGAGAAUACAAAUGUUUAAUUAUAAUUUCCAAUACAGGUGUAAAAUACUUAUGAAUAGACAAAAGAAUAGCAAAAUUAAUUUAAUGGACCAUCUGAAAAUAAUAUUUUUGGUAAGUUAUUGUUUUAAUAAAAACCUAAUGAAUAUGAACAAUCAAAAUAUCCAUCCCCUAAAGGUUCAAAAUUAUUAUCACCAUAAUAAAAUAAUAAUCUAUUAUUUUAAAAAUAAAAGACAAAUAAUACAAAUGAUGUCAUAACAUUUUAAUUAAAUCAAAUACCUUAACUUCAAGCAUAGACAUCAAAUAAUAGCUUAUAAAUUUAAUAAUAAUAAUUAUUAUAAUAGGCAUAACCUUAACCUUAAGAAUUAUAAUAACCAUAAUUAGUAAGAUCAUAAUAAUAGUAAAUCUCUUUAUUUUAAUAAAAUUAAACUCAACCUUCUAAUAUAACUUAAAUUCCUGAUCUCAGUCUUGAUUAAUAAAAUUAAGAUAAUUAAAACGGCUCAAGUGUCAACAAAAAUUUAUUCCCUUCAAGUUUCACAUUUGGAAUCAACUCUAGUGCUUAAACAAAUUCAAAGGGAGGAUUAUUUGACAGCUUGUUAAAUAAUAAUAGUGCUGGAUUAUUUGGAAAUUCAACAACAACACCCAUUAUAAAUGAAGAUUAAUCUAAUAAUAAUAAAUAAAAUUUGUUUUUACAAUAAUCUUAACCCACAUAGAGUGUUCCAAUUUUGCCAUAACCUAACAUAGGAACCUCCUUAUUUGGUAAUAACCUCCCUACUUAAUAACCAAAAGAACAAGUCCAGUAGAAUUAAGUAGGUGGGCUGUUUAAUUUUAGUUUAAAUACUCAAACUGGAUGUAAUUUAUUCCAAAAUUUACAAAAGAACUGA